AUGCCGGACAACGAGGAUGCACACAUUGCAGCAAAGGCAAAAAGAAAGCAAGCAAAGGCGGCUUGCACACGUGCAAGAACUUUCGUCGAAGAGUUAGGCGACAGACAAGUAUCAGUCUCGGAGUUGCGACAGAGACAGAUGAAAUUGAGAGAGUGUUGGCAGAUCUUUGAAGAUGUUCAAUCACGAAUCGAAAUGUUGGAAGCCACUGAAGAGCAUGAGGUCGCGCAUAAUGAAGAGCGGCGUAUCUUCGAGGAUAAAUAUUUUGAGGUAGACGCAAAACUAGAAGAGCUCAUUACAAGGGCGGCUGCAAAUGAAGCCAUGCUUGGACCUAAUCCUUUCGGAGCGCUGCAAAACAUACGCGACAACGUCCCGGUGCCAAAUAUGAACGUGAGAUUACUAAGGAUUGAUCUUCCUUCAUUUUCAGGCGCCUAUGAAGACUGGAGACCGUUUCGUGACGCAUUCAUGUUAAUAAUUCAUGAAAACGCCAUAGUGCCGGCUAUUCAGAAAAUGCAGUACCUCAAGGCAUCUCUCAAGAGCGAGGCGGCUGCUAUCAUCAGUGCUCGAAUUGUCGGUUGA